AUGAAGAGAGACCGGUCCGAUUACGAAGAAUCCAUCACAGAUAUAGACAUAGUAAAAGGUCUCAUGAUGUUAUCUCGGAGUUUCGUGGUCAAGCAAAUAGAGGUAAAGCAAUCAACCGGAAGCAGAACCAACGAUAACCACUUCCAAUGCAAAACAUGUAACCGAAAGUUUGAUUCGUUCCAAGCUCUAGGAGGUCAUAGAGCUAGCCACAAGAAACCUAAGUUGAACGUUGACCAAGAACAAGUUAAGCAUCGUAACAAUGAAAAUGAUACGCAUAAGUGUUCAUUCUGCGGUCAAAUGUUUGGGUCAGGUCAAGCUCUAGGUGGGCACAUGAGAAAGCACAGAACGAGCAUGAUAACCGAUCAACCGGUUCUCUCUUCUUCGGUUUAUCCGAUUUUGAACCGAUGCAAUAGCAGCAAGUGCUUGGAUUUGAAUCUAACUCCAUUGGAGAAUGAUCUUGUAUAUGUGUUUGGGAAGAAUUUGGUUGAUUUGAAGUUUGUAAACUAG